AUGGGGUCCGACGCCAUCGUCGGAGACUGGAAGGAGGGGCACAUGCGCAUAGAAAGCGAUCCCGUCGUCGACCGCGGCUCUGGCUCGAAGGGAGACGACAUUGAACUUCCAGAUCGAACCCAGGGCAGGUCCAGUAAGGGGCCUGGUGGUCGUCGAUUCCCACGCCUCGGUCUUGACGCCUUGUUCCAUGAGUCUCGCCCCUCCCAGGACCUCACCGAGGAUGGUACCGUCGAGUUCUUCAAGGUCUACAAGAGGAGGUGGUUCGGCCUGGUCCAGCUGACCCUUCUCAACAUCGUCGUGAGCUGGGAUUGGUUGACCUUUUCACCCGUCAUCUCCAGUGCCGCCGAGUUCUUCAACACCACCGAGAGCACCGUCAACUGGCUCUCCACCGCCUUCCUCUUGUGCUUUGUUGCCGUCUCCCCCUUGGUCAUCUAUGUGCUCCAUUGGGGCCCCAAGCCAUCCAUCAUCACCUCUUCGGUGCUCAUCCUAUGCGGUAACUGGAUCAGAUAUGGCGGCAGCCGGGCUCCAACUCCCAACUUUGGCGUCGUCAUGUUUGGCCAGAUCCUCAUUGGCUUCUCCCAGCCCUUUGUGCUGGCGGCGCCGACCAGAUACUCGGAUCUGUGGUUUACCAACCGCGGCCGUGUGGCCGCCACCGCCCUGAUGAGCCUGGCUAAUCCUUUUGGCGCUGCCAUCGGGCAGUUAAUCAUGCCUUUCUGGGUCUUUUCCGCAAGGGACAUACCCAAUGCCGUCUUAUAUGUGGCUAUCAUUGCCACUGUCUGCGCGCUCCCCUCGCUCUUCAUCCCCGCGAAGCCGCCCACGCCGCCCGCACCCUCGGGCGAGACUAAGAAGCUGUCCAUCCCCAACUCGGCUCGCAUCCUCAGCCGCUCCCCGGAGUUCUGGAUGCUCAUUAUCCCCUACGCCGUCUACGUGGGCUUCUUCAACUCCAUCUCGUCGCUGCUGAACCAGAUGAUGGAGCCCUACGGCUUCGACGACAGCGAGAGCGGCAUUGCGGGUGCCAUCCUCAUCGUGGUUGGUCUCGUUGCUGCGGCCAUCACCUCUCCCAUCCUGGACCGUACCAAGGCCUUCAUACCGGCCAUCAAGAUCGCCAUUCCCAUCACGGCCUUGUCCUAUCUCAUCUUCAUCUGGAUGCCGGCUACGCGCGACAUCGCGGGCCCGUACGUCGUGCUGGCAAUUCUGGGCGCCGCGAGCUUUAGCCUGGUCCCCGUCGCCUCGGAGCUGCUGGUCGAGCUCACGCACCCCGUUAGCCCCGAGGUGACGAGCACGCUGGCGUGGUCUGGGGGCCAGCUUCUUGGCGCCAUCUUCAUCAUCGUAUCGGACGCGCUCAAGGAUGGCCCUGACGCUGACCCGCCCCGCAACAUGACGCGGGCGCUGAUCUUCCAGGCCGUGAUCACCCUCGCCAUCAUGCCGAUACCCUUGUGCCUGGGCCUGUUUGGACGGGGCGAUAAGGUUCGGCUGAGGCGGGUCGAGACCGAUCGGGACCGGCUUGCUGCUCAGAACGCUGCUGCAGAAUCAGGGGUCGCUGGGGUUGGGCAGCCAUGA